AUGAAAUCUUGGAGGGUGCUUUUCGUCUUGGCUGUGGAUUUGGUCUAUGUCUCUGCUCUGAAAUCCACAGACCUACUUCAGAGAUGGCUUCCAAAAAUGGGGAUCGAUGAGGCGUUGAGACUCCGGGGCCAGCUGGAAUUUCCAGACCAGCGUUUGGCACUCAGUUCAAGUCUAUGGGCUCUCAACUUGGUCAACGACUUGGCCUGGGCCAUGGAUCUCCUGGAGAUUCUCCGCGAUGCGCUGCUUCCAUUUCUGCUGCCUUCAGACAUGACGCGAUUCACCACAACAUCGCUGCAAGUUGCUCAAGCUCUUCCCCUAGUGGCACGUCGCAGCGCCGCAGCUGAGCGACCCUCGGAGGGAUGGCACUUGGUGAAUUACGCUCGCUAUGCAGAGCCCAAGGAUCUAGACUUUGCUUGGUCUCUGUUGGCUCGCGGUAGCCCCCACCAGACAAUCUCUGAUCUGGAGUUCACUGGCAUAGCCUUGGGUGCAGCACUGGAAGCAGCUGGACGGUUGCAGCAUCGGCCAGACCGCCGAAGGAGUUGCCUCAGCCUGGUACAGAUGCUGGCGAGUUGCAAUUUGGGAUGGCCUUUGGGUGCUCCAGCUGCCUGUACUUACCAUAUCCAGGCAGUGACGCGCCCAAUCCUACACAUCCCUAUGGUUCAUGGCGAUGUUGAAGCAGUUCAACUGCUCCUGAACAGCGCAGCAGAUGCAGCUGCCUGUGAUUCAGCAGGGAAGCCACUUCUUUGCCACGCCCUUCGCAAUGUACUUUGCUUGGGCGAUGGUGCGCGGGAAAUCUUCUCGCUUCUUUUGGGCAGCGCCGCGUCUGUCCCAGUGGGGCUUCGAGAUGCUGCCCGGCAGCACCUUCGAUCAUCAGCCCGCUAUGCCCUCCAAAGGUCGGAGCCUGAGCCUACGUACUGGUGGGCUACCGGUGGGCGUGGCUUGCGGCUAUGCAGACGACUCUAUGUCGAGGUUGAGCGCGCUGCUGCGGGAUGUACCCCACAAGCACCUCGACCAGGUCGCAUCACGCGAAUGAGACACACCGAAAGACGACCACUUCGACCAGUUCGACCAGUUCUUCGACCAGUUCGACUGUGCCAAGAGUAG